GGAUCUUGAAUUGUGUGGGGCCCAUGAAGCGAAAUGCAGUGUGGCUUCUACGUUGUGUCAGGACUCUUAGAACGUUAGAUCGGAUUCAGAACCUGUAUUCGUACCUACCUAUCUUAAUAACAAGAACGAAGGACGCAGCUCAACUCAAGGAAGCGGCAAGAACCUCUGGGAAGGCCUAGUGUUUCCAUCAGCAUAUUUCAACAACCGCUGAAACUCAUUACUUGUCUCUGACUUAUGGAGCCCACAUCGAAGCAUUGAUAUAUAGCAUUCACGCUAUUUCGGGCAGUCCUCUUCUCUCUUUACAGUUGAAUUCCCACGCGGUGUCUGCAGCCUUCAAGGUGGCGAUGGCGUCGGAUACCAAUCCGCCCGAUGUGGCCGACUUAUCCUCCCCGUCUACACCAGGCCUUACCGAAACGGGCGCUUCACCAGCUUUCGCCCUUUCGUUGCUAUUGGAAUCACAGUACGUCCUUGUGAUUGUCAGUGCAAUGAUCAUCAUCUGGCUAGGCGCCCAUGGCUCGCUCCGCCGACCACCCUCAGCCGCACUGGCCAAGCUCAAGAUCGGGGAGAAAAGACGGAAGGAAGAGAAGUUCGCCGAGAGUCUCGACGCCUCGGAUGCCAUCAGGUUCCCAGUCAUGCUGGCUGUCGUCCUGGUCGGCCUUUAUUAUCUGAUCCAAUGGCUCGAGGACCCAGCCAUCUUGAACAAAAUCCUCCGGACCUACAUGGGUGUCAUGUCCAUCACCGGUCUGGGCGAGCUUACCGGGGACGCCUUGGAUAUUUUGGCAAGUUUGAUCUUUCCGGCCGUGUGGGUCGACGGCAAAGGCCAGGUCUACCACAUUGACCGGGAUCGCCGUUGCCAGUAUGUCAUCAAUCGGGAGACUGGCGAAGAAAUUGUCGUCAAGGGUAGGGAAACCCCGUUGCCUGGCCGUCUAGCCAGCCUGGCGCCAUCAGACCGGUCAAGGCGCCGGCUCUGGAAUCUGCGCCACCUGCUUAAGGAGCAAUGGUCCUUCGUGCUCAUGAUGCGUGGCGUGUUCUCCGAAACGUUCAACCUCCGGGCCAGCGAUAUCCUGGGCUUCGCCUUCGCGGGGGCGGCCGCAGUGGCUUACCACCGGACUGGGUGGGAUGCGCUGUCCAACCUCCUCAGCAUUGCCAUGUGCUACGUCUCCUUCAUGAUGAUCUCUCCGACGUCGUUCAGCAUCGGCACCAUGAUCCUAGCCAGCCUCUUCGUCUACGACAUAGUCAUGGUUUUUUACACCCCCUACAUGAUAACCGUUGCGAAGAACAUCGAUGCGCCUAUCAAGCUCGUCUUCACCGGACCCAAAGGCGUCAGCAUGCUCGGCCUCGGCGACAUCGUGGUGCCCGGUAUGCUAAUGGCCCUCGCGCUGCGCUUCGACCUGUUCCAGCACUACCAAAAGCAAGUCAAGCUGGAACCGGUUCAACUCACGACCGAAAUGACGUCGGAAAGCGCGCCCGGCGUCACCAACACCACCACCACAACCACGACCCAUUAUCGGCGCGUCAAAGCCCCCUAUGUCGAUACCCGCGGUCAGUGGGGGAACCGCUUCUGGGCCACACCGCUAGGCCGCCUGUGGCCCGUCCCUGAAGCAAGCGAGACUAUUGCCGCGACCGCCUUCCCCAAGCCGUACUUCUACGCUUCCCUCGCCGGCUACGCCGCAGGCAUGCUUGUCACGCUCAUCGUCAUGUUGGUGACCCGCCACGGGCAGCCGGCGCUGCUGUACCUGGUACCCGGCGUGACUGGGUCGCUGUGGCUGACGGGGUGGUGGAGGGGUGAGCUGAAGGAUAUGUGGGGAUAUACCGAGGACGGGAGCUUAGACACGGAGGAUGUCAUUGUUGAGGUUGAUGGUGAGGGGAAGGUUGUUCAGCAGCGAGUCGAGGGCGGUUCGGCCGAGGACAAGAAAGAUAGCGGGGAGGGUGAAUCUGAGACCAAACCCCGAGGGGAGAACGGGGGUGGCCAGGAAAAUGGGGUGGAUAAGGAGGCGUCACAGUCGUCUUCCGAGUCCCUCUUUGUUUUCUCUGUCAGCAUUCCCCGUCACCCGAGACCGGCGGCUUAGGCAUUGCCUAUGCUGGCGUCUGGGAUGAGUUGUGUCAGCUUUCGGUUCGGGAAAGGUAUGGUCAUAGCGGGCAUCACUGGUUUGUUUUGCAUGCUGUAUCGAGAUGUUAUAGAGCGUCGGAACUUCUAUUGCUUCCGCGUCACGAGUGUAUUGUCUACCCGGCUAUGUGAAUUUCGUCUUGAGCAGAACUUUUGCGACUCGCAUCUUCAAGGUAUGCUCAGCCUUCCAGAAGCGAGGUCAGACGCAGGUUUGUCGAAGUGGGGUCCGGUCCGGCCCGGCCUGUUAGGGCUGGACCCGGGAUCUUCGCCGGACGGGGCCGACGAUUAGAUUUGGUGCCGGGCGACAAAAGGAGGUUCGUUCCCUCUCACUGGCGGGGGAAUGGCCGGGGUGAUGAGUAUUCAU